AUGGCUUCCUGCCUUCUCCUUCUCCAUCUCGCCUUCCUCUUCCUUGCAGCAGCGGGGCAGGACAACACCACCAUGGAGCCGGCUUAUGCAUCCUGCUCGACGACGGGCAACUACACGGGCGGCAGCCAAUACAAGAAGAACCUGGACCAGCUCCUGGCCGCGCUCCCGGCGGCGUCCAGCAGCAACGGCGGGUUCUACAAGGGCAGCGUCGGGGCGGGGGCCGACGCGGUGUUCGGCCUCAUCAUGUGCUUCGCGGACAGCAACGCGGCCGAGUGCCUCGAUUGCCUCUCCAGGGCGCCGGCCGGGAUCACGGCGGCGUGCCCGUGCAGCCGGAGCGUGAACGCGGUGUACGACGCGUGCGUGCUCCGGUACUCGGCGGCGCCAAUCCCCGACGCCGCGGACCUCGACUACGAGCCUCCGGUCUCGGUGCGCGCUGCCUGGGUGCCCCUGAUGUGCAAGCUCGCCGGCGGCAUGGAAACCUCGCCGCUGCGGAUCUCCAACGACAGCACGCCGUACUCGGGUCCGCAGAAGGGCCGGAUGUACGGCCUGGCGCAGUGCACCAGGGACCUCAACGCCAGCGAGUGCAACAGGUGUAUCUCGAGCUACGCCGACAAGCUGUGGAGCCUGUUCCCCAACAACAUCUCCGGUGCCCUCAGGGGGUACAGCUGCUACCUGCGGUACCAGGUGGGCGCGUUCGACGUCACUCUGCCACCGGAGCCGGCGCCGCCGCCGUCACAGGCGGUUCCUGGUACACGUCCGGCUUACCCGCCGUCACCACAGGAAGUUCCAGGGUCUUUUUCCCCCGCAUGGCCUUCGUCUUCGUCCAAGACAGGGGUCGUCACGGUGGGCAUGCCCGUCAGUUUGGUCUCCGUCCUGGUCACCCUGGGCUUGUCCGCGUUUCUCCUUCUCCGGCGACAGCUGGAAAAGGAUAGAUUUCGUGAGGAAGCGAGGGAGCAAGAGCGGGAACAGUGUGAUUUCUUUGAUGAUGACCAGCCGGAGAUGGAAGAGGAGUUCGAGAAAGGGACAGGGCCGAAGCGGGGAGCCGUCCUCGACGCCGCCGACGCGCGGCUGAAGGGUGAGUUCGACGCCCGGGAGGUGGAGACGGUGAUGCUCGUCGGGCUCUGGUGCGCGCACCCUGACCGGAGCCUGCGACCGUCCAUCAGGCAGGCUGUCAACGUGCUGCGGCUGGAGGCGCCUCUGCCAAGCCUGCCGGCGAGGAUGCCGGUGGCGACCUACAUGCCGCCGCCUGAUGCUUUCUACUACACGUCUUCGGUUACGACAGGCGGCACCGGCACCACUCAGUCCAGCAUGACAUCCGUCCCGAUGAAAUGA